ACAGCAGUAUACAGGUAGCGCACGUUGCAGCUGAUGUUGGGUAGUACGCACACGCUAGAGAUUCGAAAUCGAUUUUCUAUAUUUGAAGUGUGCACAAGCUUUUCUGUACCGACUCAGUCAUCAUCAUGGCAGUCAUCAACUCUCUGAGUCAGCGACUGUCGCUUUAAGCUACUUUAUGAUAUGUCACGCACAAGCCUGUAAGGCACCUACGUAGCUGCGGCUAAAGAAGAAUAACUGCAAUGCAACUGUUAUAAAUAGGGACGUACAACUAACAUCAAAUAACAAUACCGCUACGUUGCAAGGUUUUAAUUUUUCCGGUGACUUGUCGUUUAGUUUGCGUAGGCUCGUCUUGCUAUACUCUUAGUUUCCAUACGUGCGUAGCACGCGGGGCUAUGCCGGUUUGGAUAUGAUUCGGUGGUCUGAUAUUCUCUAAAGAUCUCUCGUAGCAUUGUUGACCUCGUCUUGCCUUCAAACUCGUGUAGACAAAAAUUGAAAAUCCAUAAUAUUGGUUCAUUUAAGAUUCAUUUAAGACUCUAGCAUUAUGCUUCAUACUGUCGCCUAUAUAAUACGGUGUGUAUAUGAAGCUGCAUGACCGAAAGUUUAUCCAUGCAAACAAACGUAAGCCAUUCUACGUACUAUAGGGAAUUCGGGCAAAAUCGCAGCGAAAGCUCAGGACAGUCACUUUGUUAAGACUUGUACCUUUUGGUAAUAGGCACACCGUCCUGUGUGUCUGAACUGCACAGAAAACAAUCUGAUCUAUUCAUAAUGGUACAUGAUUUCUGUGACAUGUGCGUGUGUUUUCUACACAAACUUGUUAUGUUUAUAUGUGUGUGUGUGUGUGUGAUAUCUACAGCGUCAUCGUAAUGUAUUUACGCCGCUCGUGUCGUUGCUAACGGUGGUUCGCUGCUAUUAAACUAUCCAAAAUAAUCAACAUACCAGCAACAACAGGACGUUGACACAGAAGUUACAGCUGUGUAGACGAUAACCUGCAUCGGAGGACAGUGUGCGCUGUUGCUGAGAUCGCCGUGUUGCGCCCUGCCACAGACCAAAACGCCGAAGGAUCGAUAUCUGAGCAUAUCCCCGCGGCGGUUGAUGAUUGUUGGUGAAGAAGAAGUUCGACCUUCUCUCGUGCUUGGCCGUCGAGAUAUAAAAGAAGUACCCGUACAUAGUACGAGUUUUCAUGCUGCCUCCCUGCUCUAAAGUAUCCCGUACCAAUGAAACAUAGUUGGUCAGCUAGAUAAAAAAAAAGUGAAUUCAUCUGGCCCGCUUCUUAGGUUUGUUUGGCUCCAAAUGUACGGCCAUAACUGCCAGUCUAAAGAGUUAGCUUCGAAUUCUGAUCUGACGAGGAGAGUGAACUUUCUCAAAAGCGUUGUUCAUUCCGCCCUCUUCUAGCUAUUCUACUACUUAGGCCAGAACGAUCAUCUUCUGGCCACUCGCAGGGUCGAUUGGCCGGCCCCACAUCACGAUAGCCACCAAGAUCACCAACCGUCGCCCGUUACUGCGGCAGGCAUCGAUGGCGUCAGCGAUCCACGGAUACGACUUCUCUCCCGACGGACGACCGUUUUUUUCGUUUUCUUCUUCCACCGAUUGUGCCGAGCAGCUGUUUUGCCCAUCUGCGGGGAAGCAAGCGCUUUGGGCUUGGCCAGAAAGGCAGCCCACAGGUUAAGCUGUUCGCCAGUUUCUACCGGUUUUGUCUGUAUACGCCAUCACGGCAAGCUGCGCGAAGAAUACUGCUUGCGUUGCUUAGCGUAUAUAUUCGCAGGAAUGGUUGCAGGUAACAUUGACCAGCAGCUUAGAUGAACUCUGCCUGGGUGGAUAUGGACAUCUGUGCGUCGUUGCGGUAAUGCGCGUUGUACGUUGAGAUAAUAGUACAUCGAUUGUUGAAUACAGUAGUCGGUAGUAGCCGUCCUAUUCUUACUCAAUUUAUAACCGAAGAUUAACUUUUGCCUGCCUUUGUUUUUCACAAGUUGAUGCCGGUAUCUAUUCGUCAUUCGUUUCGUAUGUCAGUAGCGGCAACAGGCUGGUGGCAGCAUCUGUCGAUAUCUUGGCGAAUAACCCUGCCUAUUUUUCGCAUCAGGGGUAGCCCGCCCGUGAAGCGCACCCUCGCUCCGAAAGCGAUUGGAAACAAGUUUCCUUUUCUGACGACAAGGCGGUGGCGCCCUCGGUGACCGCUGAAAGAAGGUUAGGUGGGAAUAUACCGCUUUUACCGGUGUAAAUUGUUUGUCGGACUAUAUCUCGAUGGAGGGCUGUUCGAUGUCAUUUCGGACGCGUGCUGUACAAUCAUCAGAAACAAAGUUUCUAAGUCCAUAUAAUCAAUAAAAAAGCUGUAAAAUGUACAUCAAUUGGGAAGAUGAUUUAUUCACUGAGUUCUAUUAGCCUGUAAAGGACUGACUUCGAGUUUUGAAAUAAUCUGUGUAGUGUUUGACUCGCCUAUAAAAUUUAACACAGAGUCCGCUUCUUUGACAAAAACAGGAGCAGCAGGAUUUAUAAGAAACCAAGGCAGGAUAAAGGUCGUAAAAUAUGCUAAUAAAAUAGGCAGUAAUCAAAUGCAAUUAAAUUAUAGUCAUAACAAUUAACGGUAAACAAGGACACUCGGGACUAUAUUUAGGAAAUAUCUAAUUGUUUUACAAGAUAUUUACUUCAAAAUAUUCACCUAGUGGUAAGAAACUUAUUGUUGGUUCAAGUAUAUCAAGUCUUGAAUUUCUUAGCUAGAUUUGCUAUUGUAUCAUUCUAACCUCAAUAUAGUGCCACUGAGCCUCUUAAAGUCUAACGCAAUUUUUCGUACCCAAAAAUGACUUAAAAUUGACAGUAUUUUAAAAUUAACGUGCUGUAAUGAAAUAUUUUUAUUGAUAAUAACUGUAGGUAUGAACUAAUUUUUGUACGAUGCUGCAAAAGGUGCAAUUAACUACCUAACAAGUUACUUUAAUGUCUUUUCAGUGAGACCUGAGAAUACACUAAGUUUACUUCUCAUUUCCAAUAUUUGGCUCGCAAAAAAAUUAUAUUGAAGCAAUGAAUGGAAUUCGACAGUAGUUGCUUCUGGUUAGUUUAGGCAGGAUUUAGCACCGAUGGGUCUAUAAUAGCAAACAAUGGUUAACAAUAACUCAGCGUUUUAAAACUGACAUCAUACUAGGGUUUUGUUACUUAUGUCGAUUGAUUAGUUUUUUUUUAAUAUAUAUACAAAGGUGAGUCGAAAAUGCAUAUUUGAUUUUUGAUCGAAUAAAUAUGUAAGAAUACGCUGUUAAUUUCAGGUCAUGUUUCAACAAUGGAACGUUUAAUAUUUGUUGAUCACCUCAAGAGUAGCUUUCUCAACAGCGGUUCUGAGGAUAUUUCUUAUCAUCAAGAUUUAUUCGCCAUUUAUAAACCGUUCGCAGCUCAAAGUAGCGAUAACAUUUCAAAAAGAAAACGAGCAGCAUGCGGAGACUCAGAAACAGAACUUAGUGGAGAAUGGCCUCUUGAUCAAGAUAUUGCAGACAAUCUCAAAAAGUUUGUUAUAGAGAAUUCGGAUGAGUUUGCACGUGAAGUCCUGGAUGAUGCUGAAAACAGUAAGGCAAAGCAAUCGGCGGCCGUUAUUCCAUCAAGUUACUUUUUUCGAGGUUGCACUUAUCAGAUAUUUUUUAAUGAAAAUGGGAAAACACAGAAAUGUUAUUUUCAGAAUCGACAGUUUCUUCUGCCGCCACACUCAGUAGGUAUUCUGAGUACGUUGAGUCCAAGUUCAACGAUCGAUAUGCUUAAAGCAGCACAUACCUUAUAUGGGUCUGACGGCCGUUUUGAUCUUAUCGUUAUGGAUCCUCCUUGGAUUAACAAGUCAGUGAAACGACAACGCCGCUACAUGACAGCUGAUGCACAGGAUUGCCUCUCUCAACUAAAGAUUCAAGAUUUACUCGCCUAUGACGGUCUCCUUAUUGUAUGGUACACUCAUAACAUUAGUCAUUAUACUUAUCUCAAAGAGCAACUUAGCGGAUGGAAUUUGCAAUUGGUAGCAACAUGGACUUGGCUUAAAGUAACGACAAAUGGGACGCCCAUUUGUCCUUUAGGUCGAAAUUUCAAGAAACCUUAUGAGCACGUGCUCCUGGCGACGCGAAACCAGUUGUACACCGAGAAACUCUUUAAGAGUAACGGUAAGAUUAUUGUGUCUGUACCAAGUGCAAUACACUCGCAUAAGCCAAACUUGGAAUGCGUUUUGGAACAAUUUGAUAUUCACUGCAAACGUCUCAGGUGUUUAGAGCUUUUUGCCAGGACGCUUAAAUCAAACUGGGUGUGUUUUGGUAACGAAGUUAUUAAGUUGCAGUGCGUUGAAGUGUUCGACGUCCUAAACUAGAAGUCUCGUUAAACGUCAUUAGGUAAACAUUGUAAAUGUGUAUUAAUAAAUUAUUA